GUUAAGCCUAGCGCUUCUUGACAGUGCUUUUACUGCUUGCCAACCUCGACUAACAUAAAUCUAACAAUACAAAAAUUGAGAACACCUUAAUGUGAACUUUUAAAUGUUACAGAGUUUCUUUGUACAACGUCACUAACGUCCUGUAGGUCACACUGUGACACAGGUGUUUUGUAUGGGCAUACAAUAUGACGUGUUUCUCUUCCCCGCCACCCUCCCUUAUUCUGACUGCUUUGGCGUUGUCUUAAUUCUAAUUUGUGCAAAUUAAGUUACUGAGUAUGAAUGUAUCGCCAAGUCGAGAAGCAGACUGAUUAAUUUGGGCUGGUGAAGAACUCGACCGCGUUAAAACUAUUUAUCACUACAUAUCCCAGAAUGCAUCUGCAACAUCCUGUUGUCACUUCACUCUUCCUGGCUUCUCUGGUGGCAGUCACUGCAUGGACCGACAUGAUGGCCGUGGUUGUGUCACGGAGCAUGCACCUCUGCAGCCAGCCGUGGGAGCCUUAAGAAGAAGCUGAGGGAGCCCCCAAAAAUAAGGCAGGGCGUCUUCAUGAAAGUCGUAAGUGGGCUAGGGCGGCCAUGGACCCAUUCAGCCAACUCAUCCUCACCAUCUCGGUGACAAGCUUCUUCACCUUCCAGUGGCUCUUCCACAAAGUCAGCCCCUGGGUGUCGGUGCGUGUUAGCCUAGGCUUCCUGGGCCUCAGUGACAAGCAGAAGGUGGAAUGGAACUCGAGGACGGUGUCAACUCUUCACGCACUGGUGGUUGGAAUCUUCUGUCUCUACAUUUUGUUCUUCGACGAUGCCGUCAAUGAAGAUCCAGUCUGGGGAGAUCCAACAUUAGUAAAUACUAAUGUUGCCAUCACAACAGGCUACCUCAUAUCAGACCUGCUGCUAAUAUUUUACUAUUGGAGGGCAAUAGGAGACAAGUUUUUUGUAGUACACCAUCUGGCAGCGUUGUAUGCUUACUACUAUGUACUGGGCCAAGGCAUGUUGCCUUAUUUUGCUAACUUCCGUCUACUCGCCGAGUUUUCUACUCCAUGUGUGAAUCAGCGCUGGUUCUUCGAGGUUCUAGGCUACCCCAAGACCUCGCGGCCCAACAUGGCGAACGGCGUGGCCAUGGCGGUCGUGUUCUUCGCUGUGCGUGUGGCCGUCAUGCCCGUCUACUACGCGCGCAUGUAUUCCGUGUACGGCACAGAGGCCUUCUACCUGGUGCCGUACGGCGGGCGCUUGGCGUGGAUCUGCUCCAGCAUCUGCUUGGACGUCAUGAACGUCAUGUGGAUGCACAAGAUCGGCCGCGGAUGCUACAAGGUGCUGCAGUCGGCGCGCAGGAGCAAAGCGACUCAGGAGAACGGGAAGUCCAACUAACGCGGGGGAGGACCCUAACUUGUCCAAGGGGCACCGAUACAGGAGAGAAUGUACUUUUGAAAGUGGGCACAGUAGCUGAAAUAUGAUGGACCAUGUGACGGACCAUCGUUAAGCCAUGCAUGUGUCCAUGGCCCAUUUCGUUUUUAAUAAGCGACUACUUGGAUGAACAAUUUGAGCCUAAACCAAAACAUUUCUUGGUUUAUUUCCACACAUACACUGGUCAAAGUGACUGCUGGCUGAUGAAAAAGAAGAGGAGUACCUCACCGAUGGUCAGUGCCAUUAAAUCCUUGGAGAGAAGGUCAGCCAUAUUUUUUUACAUGACUUCAGGGCCAAGAAGAAGGAAAAUGCUAAGAUAACUGUUCCAUUUCACAACUUCAUUGGAGUAUUUAUACAUGAUGGCUGAUGGGGGUUUUUGUAGGAAAAAGCUGUACCUUUAAAAAUGCUGAAAGGGGAAACUGAAUGUCAAUGCUUGGUCUUACUAUGAGGGAUUUGAUGACAACAAACACGCACAGGUUCACCAGUGUAUUUAUUCAAGCAUCAGGAGCAGGGGUGUCCAAUAAAAUAGUUUGAGUAUUAAUAAGCUAAAACCAACCAAGUGUCAUUGAAGAUAUGCCAAGAUUCUAAAACCUUUAAACCUAGGUUUAAUUGGAAUUCAAUUUGAACACAUUGUUAGUUCAUGCAUUCAUUUUAAAACUAUUUGGGGCUAUAGAUUUCAUGUAGAUAUUUCUGAUGGAAUUCUAUUGGUAGGCGCCAGUGUAUAGUGGUAUUUUGUCACUCAUUACACUUGUAUUUGAAAUCUCUCACUGAAAUAAAUCACAUUUAUCUGUGCUUGGCUCCCCAAAUCAGCACUAUUUUAACAUGUAACAUGCCUUUUAAAAAUACAAAAUUUUUAGGCUAGAAAUAUGGUAGCAAAACAGUAUAAUACAAUGCAGUUCAAACAACUGCAGUAGUUUUAGGAAUUACUCUAAUAAUGUACAGCAUUUUACCUUAGAGAGUGUACGAGGGUAUCUUCUUUGAGCUGCUUGUCCAUCAAACACACUAUCAGCAGCUUCUCCAUAUUUUCAUGGAUAAAUGUCUGCCGUUUAGAUAUUAUUUUAACAUUUGUGGCUGCCGUUAAAAUCAUUCUGCAUAAAUGUGGUGCAGAGUAGUGGUGCUACACUUGAAGUCGGUGACACGCUCGGUCAUGUUUCUGAUUAUUUCUUUAAUUCUCUGAAUCUGAUCCACUACUACUCAGCGCUGUCCUUUGCACUCAUUUUCUUCCUUCCCAUAGUUGAAAACAUAAAAGUAAGUCAAUCUCUAGCUACAAGCUAAUGCUAGCAAGUAAGACCAGCUGUUGGGAUCUUACAGGGUUCACUGUGACAUUUGCUACUCCCAAAUACCAGUUGGGAGGCUCUGCCCAAAUUUUUUGCUCACAAACUUAAAAAUAUCUGAUGCAAGUGGAGUCUAUGUGCAGUUCAGUAUAUUUGAAUAAAAACAGCCUUCGUAUCAUAUUUUUCUCAUUGUAUACUACUUUUUAUAAUUCUGUAGGCCGAUAAAAAAAUAAAUGGCCUUCCGGUCUCACUAUGUUUGGACACCCCUGAUUAUGACAGGAAAAAACCCUAACUUUUACUUAAAGGCACUUCCCUCCUGUACUGAGCUGCAUUGUUUAUUUCUAAAUUAUGAUAUGGGAAAAUGAUACAGUAUUUAGUCACAAGGACGCAAACAUUGAUAUUUAUUUUUUUAUUCAUUUGUGUUGCCUUUGUGAAACAUUUUUAAUUGCACAUUUUCUUUCCCAGAUGACUCAUCUUAUUUUUGGCCUUUCUCCGUUUUGUUUUCUUUACAAAAAAAAAGUAGUCUUUGUUCCUUUUAACCUGUGGUAAUUUUUGCUCGGCAGCAAGUUUCAUCCACAGCAUUGUGUCUAUUAUGUGUGACGGGGGCUCACCUGAAGAGCAUCAAAAGUUACUAGUUGGUGAGUAGUUUUAUUGGAUCUCCAAGGGGAAAUAUACUAGUCCUUCUGCAUGUACGCAUGAAGAUACAAAGCAUUCUACAUUCUCAUCGCCAUAGCACAUGUACACAAUGUUUACCUGUAAAGUGUCAUAUCCAGCACAGAAAUACUUGAAAGAAUCAGCACAGUUUAUGAGAACAAUCUGGGCAGUUGCAAAUACCAAACCCUCUUUCUGGCAUUGUAUUAUGUGUUUUUAAAUUAUUAUGCUGCCCUCGGUUGGUAUAUUGUGUCGAGAAGAGAAGUGGGAGCGGUUAUGUGACAUUCUGUGAAUGUGUAAGAGCAAAUAUUGACCAUUACAUUUUUGUUUGUUCCUUAAUAAUAAAUGCCAAAUAAACUGAUG